AUGGCGAGCGAGUCACCGACAGCAGAGGCUUGUCCAGUUCGGAAGAGGGUCUCAACAGCCUGUGAAGCCUGUCGCGCUACAAAGAUAAAAUGCCAGCCAAGUGAACAGCCUGGGGUCUGUCGCAAGUGUCUCGAGUCCAAGAAAGAAUGCAUAUCGAGAACAGGCCCGCGAACGCGCAGACGAAGGACUAAAUACGCGAUGGAAACUCAUCAACCACCGCCUCCUCCACCACCAGCGCCAUCAAAGACUUUCACCAUUGACUUUGAAGUUCCAACACAAUUGGACGUCGAUGAGAACUUUGAGAACCUCCGAGACUCACAUGCGCAGUUCAUAGACUCAAUAUUCCCCUCAGAUCCAGACGCGGAUCUCAGUAGCUUCGAAGACUCGCCCCUCACGGGCUUUCCCACGCCAUCCUCAUCUCACACCCUUUCGAUACAAUCUUUCCAUGCGAAGCCCCAAUUCAACCUCGACUCCGCAGGGUCGCUGUUGGUUUCGUUUCGGGGGAUGCUGGUUCAUUACCCUGUCAUUGUACUGAAGCCUGAUGAGACGGUGGCCAGCCUCGCUGCGUCCAGACCGUUUGUCUUGCUCUCGAUAUUGGCUGCAGCUUCUGGAUCGCGCACUUUGCAGGGACACACGCUUUACGACGAUGAGUUUCGAAAAGUUUUGGGCCUCAAGUUUGUGGCAAGUGGUGAGAGGAGCAUGGAAUUGCUGCAAGGCAUUCUCAUCUAUUGCGCUUGGUACCCAUUUCAUCUGAGACCAAAGAACAGACAGGCCUUUCAAUACUACCGUAUGGCUGGUGAUCUAUUAAGUGACCUCGAUCUCGACCAGGAGAUGCCUAAUCUUGACAACACGAUACCGGGCGAUAUGAGCAGUAUGCAGCUCGACAGACUACGGGCGUAUCUAGCAUACCACUAUGCCGUGUCCAACUUCCUCUGUACUUGGAAGAAGAUGGAUCUGCUCAUGCCCCAAUGGACGCCCUGGACCGCAACGUGCUGCGAGCUACUUCACCGCCACGCCGAGGUUGAUGGUGAUGUUUCACUGAGCUACCUUGUUCGACUGGCAAACAUGACGACCACGGCAAACAACUCGAUACGAGACAAUGAUCCACAGGCGAACCAGCAGGUUCAACUUAUGCUCCUGGGACUUGAGAUGCAGCACAAGGAGAUGAAAGAGACCAUGGUGCCACAUCUCUCUCGUUCAGCACCUGUGAAACUCGCACAUCUCUUCUUUGACGUCUUUUUGCAAGGUGGUGCCAUCUUCUGCCUCACACGCGCCAACACAAGGAAACCUCAUUUCAUUCACCCAUCAUCAGUCCGUCUCACACGCUGCGUGAAUAACACCCGCGCCCUGUUCGACUACCUCCUCAACCUCGACAGCUUCAAGUACUUCACAAGCAUCGAUUGGACAAAGUUCAUCCUCUCCGUGAUCCUCGCUGUGCGACUCUCUUUUCCCAUAUCUGAGGUUCCAGACUGGGAUCAUGCUUGGGCACGCUCACAGUUACGGUUUGACGAAUUCCUCGAGUUCAUGUGUGACGGGCCGGAGGAUCUCACACCGUCUAGUAAACGUGUCGACGUACUCUCCGCAAGCCGUGUGAUACUGCGUGUUGUGAAAUCAAAGUACGACAGGCGCAUUGCUAUGCUCACAGCACCGAGUCUGACUUCAAGGGGCGUGGGACACCAAGGAUGCCCCAUGUUUGAUAAAGAUAUGCAGCCAUACAUAUCGGCGUGGGACACAGACUUUGACAUGAAUUCUGCAAUGCUCACACCGGGUCUGAAUACGGAUGGACAGCAAACCAUGUACCAUGAUCUAUGGGCGACCAUGACCAUGAGCUGGGCAAAUGAUGGCUCGGUGGACUCGUAG